AUGUCCACUUCAGAUCUCGAUCGUCAAAUAGAACAGCUCCGUCGUUGUGAAAUCAUAAAAGAGUCUGAAGUCAAAGCUUUAUGUCUUAAAGCCCGCGAAAUUCUUUCAGAAGAAAGCAACGUUCAGCUAAUUGCCGCACCUGUGACAGUCUGUGGAGACAUCCACGGUCAAUUUCAUGAUUUAUGUGAACUUUUCAUGGUAGGUGGAGAACUUCCUCUUACCAAUUAUCCCUUUUCCCUUAUUUUCUGAUAAAUUAUCAUAUAUUUCCCUUAUUCAGCAUAAAUUUAAUAUAUCUUUUUAUGGGCGACUUUGUCGACCGAGGCUUUAACAGCGUCGAAACCUUUCUCUUGAUGCUUGCUUUAAAGGUCAGAUACCCAGACAGGAUCACCUUAAUCAGAGGAAAUCAUGAAAGUCGUCAAAUUACACAAGUCUAUGGGUUCUACGACGAAUGUUUAAGGAAAUACGGCUCUGUCAAUGUAUGGAGAUACUGCACAGAAGUCUUUGAUUAUUUAGCCUUAGCUGCACUUAUUGAUAAUAGGAUUUUUUGUGUUCAUGGAGGGUUAAGUCCUACUAUAAAUACAAUAGAUGAGCUAAGAAAUAUUAAUAGAAAACAAGAAGUCCCUCAUGAAGGUACAAUGUGUGAUUUAAUGUGGUCAGAUCCUGAAGAAACUUGCUGCCAGAAAUUUGAUAAGAAUUUUUCAUUGUGUAACAUUUUCUCGGGUUUACUCUCGAGACAAUUGCUCGUCAAAAAACGAAAAAUUCUAUCAAAUUUAUAAUAAGAAAAAACAAAUCGAAAAAAAUGCCCGAGGAGAAUAAUGUUCUGGUUAAAUGCUACUGAGCUGAAGAAACUACUGGGUGGAGUGUAAGUCCAAGAGGUGCUGGAUAUUUAUUUGGCAAAGAUGUAGUCGCUAACUCCCCCUUUUUAAAUUUGAACAAAAAAACUCUUCCAAUUUUAAAGAGGAGUUAAUUUUGUUUUAAAAAAUUCUAAAAAUUAAAAAUAAUAUAAAAUAAGCAUAUGUUUUUGGAUUAUAAUUUAUUUAUGAAACAUUAUUCAAAGCAAUUUAAAAAAUAUUCUAUUUGAAUUUUUUUUAAAAUUAGAUAUUAAAUCUUUCCUUUUUUCAAAAGGUGGUUAAAGACCAAAGAGAGAAGUAAGUGGAACAACGAUAACAAUAUUGAGCUUAUUGCAAGAGCUCACCAGUUGGUAAUGGAAGGGUAUAAAAGUAUGUUUGGAGAUACACUGGUGACUGUAUGGUCUGCCCCUAAUUACUGCUAUUAACAUAACAUUAACUUAAAUUAUCGAAAAGCUCACUGUCAGGAUCCGAAAAUCCUUAAAUGCUAUAAUCGCCCUGCUUGCAACAAUCGUAUGUAAGCGGGGUUUCUUCUGUAAAAUUUGAAAAUUAAAUUUUCUGGUCACCGGUCAGCCAAGAUGAAAUUCGUUGCCCAGGACGCACCUCCUGAUAUUGCGAUGGGAAAUGUUACCAAUUUAUCAGGAGGAGCCUCACUGAUUUUGCAGGGAAAUCCUUUUCCAACUCAGAACUUCAUCUUCUUCCGAGGUAAAACCUUGACCUGGAAUCAGCUGUGGUCGAUAUAUCGCCCAAGCCAAUUAAAAACUGGUCGGAUACACAUUCCUGAACGCAAUUCUCCCUUCCAAAAGGUCCCUGGGCUCGGCCCAGCUACAGGUAUUAAGUUUACGGGUUAGUUCGCCAUGCCAUUUUAAUGUAUAUCCCUAAUAACUGCUAUAGAUGCGGAAACGUUGCUGCUAUUUUAGAGCUAGACGAGCAUCUUAAUCGUAGCUAUAAAACUUUUGAAGCAGCCCCCGCAGACGUCAGAGAGCCACCAAGCAAAAACCCAGCCAUGGACUAUUUCCUCUAA